AUGGAUGGAAUAGUAAAUGAUUCUGAAGAAAUAAAUAUCAAUAUGAAUAUGUAUCAGAUAAUCCAACAGGAUUUUGAAAAAGAUACAUUGAAAUUCGAUGGAAUUUUGUUCAAUCAAUUAUUAGAAAACUUUACAUAUGCAAACAAGAAUAAUGAUGCCUGUAGUAUUGAUACAAUGAUCGAAAUAUUCAAAUGUUUGCAUUGUUUUCUUACAUCUUUUACAGAUAAUCAAUCAAUAAUUUCAUCAUUGCGAGAAAACGAACAUUUUAAAGAUGCAAUUAUUGAAAAUUUAACAUUAUUCAAUAAUAUUGAUAUGAUUAUAGGAAAUUUAACGUUUUUGAACCUUUUAACUUCAUUUGAAGAUAAUGAACUUAUCAAAUUUUACUUUGACAUAGAUACAUUAGAAAAACUCAUUGAAAGACUUGUGUGUACUUCAGAAAUAUACGAAAAAUCAAGUUUUAUUUCAAAUCCAGAACCAGAAAGUUUAGAUGAUGACGAAAUUCAUAUAAUAUGCAAAUGUAUUUUAUUCAUUAUAGAAAACAUUUCAUUUUCUAAUAUUUAUGAACCAGAAAUAAUAGAAAAUAUUUUAUUAACUUUAUUAGAGUUCUUAAAUACAUGUACUGAUCGAUUAGUUUUCACAACAUUAACAGUUAUAAAGACAGUUUUAUCACAACUAUUAAAACAACAAAAAGAACAAUUAGAAACACUUGAAUUAUUAUUUUCAAGAUGUUCAAGGAAAAUGAUUGAAAUGAUUGAGUUAAAUGAUGAUUUGAAGGUUAUUUCUAGAUGUCUAGGAGUACUUAGUGCCAUUACAAAAUACUGGAAAUCGGAUAAUUCUUUAAAAUAUUUUUCAGAACUCUUGCCAAUCAUGUUUCGUUUAUUAGAACAAAUUGAUACGAAUGAAGAAGAAUAUGCUCCGGAAUUUGAAGAAAAUUACAUGAUUUGUCUACAUAAUUUAUCAGAUUUCAAAGAUUUCAGAGAUUCUAUAUUCCAAAACAUUGACAUGGAUCUUAUAUGGUAUAAAUUUUAUGGUAUUAGUGAAGAAUCCAAUCAAAACUUCAUUUUUUAUCUUUGCCGAAUAAUUUGUAUAGAAAUAUCUCAGAUUUCCAAUCUUAACAUCAUUCCAAAACUAUUAGAUGCUUAUGUAGACUCCAAUAUUUCUAUUCAAAAGUCAAUAUUCUUCACUAUAUCAAAAUCAUUGAAUUCUCUUACAGAAUUUGAUAAACUUUUAUUGCUUAAAUCCGAAUUCAUUCAGAAUUCAGAGCCAAUGAGCGUAUUAUCUCCAGAAGCGGCUACAAACUACACAGAAUUAGUUUUAGAUCUAUUAAAUACUGUUACAGCUGAUGAAAACUUAGUUUCUCUUUAUAUAGACCAAUUCAAAGAUCUCUCAACAUUGGGUGAAAUCGAAGAAUUAAAAGAUAUCAACUCUUCAUUUGAGAAAGCCGGGCUUCUAAUAGAAACAAUCAGAGACACAUUGAAGAGUUUUAAUAUAGACUUGUAA